CAGAUUUAACCUCACACUUGUAGUAGUCUCUGUGCUAGCGAUCCGCUCUGCUUUCCUGGGUUUUUCUUAGCACUAGAGGAGUGUGUGGGGACGCGCGCACACACACACACACACUCUCUCUCACCUACAUACACACACCCCACUGUUAUUACCAGGGGCUGCAAAAAAAAAAAAAAAAAAAAACAUUGGGAACAUCUUCAGCGCCUCAGCUGUGCUGCUUUUUGGAGUUUUGGGAGAAGAUUUUUUUUAAAUCAUUUUUACUGGAUUUAUUCCUUGGGGUGAAACAUUUGUGAGACGGAUUAAUUUUCUUCUUUCUUUUUUUUUGGUUCUUGAUUCAGCAGGAGAUCUGCUGAAGGCUGGACCGAGCAGAAGGCGGGACGGAUUUGGUUUUCCGUCUCCCUCAGUACCCGCCCACCCGCCCUCCCCCUCAGGUAUGAAAAGAGGGGCGCGUGACGCCAGUCUCGGGGAGCUCUACAAGUGAGGCCGCGGAGGAAGCGAGACCGAGGGGCCCUUGCUCGCGUGCGUCUGUCUGGGCCGCUUUUCUCCAAGAGCCGCCAGGCUGGAUAUGCGCUUCUGGUGAGGACCAACCAGAGAAGGCCGUCUGGGCUCGGAGGAGGAGGAGGAGGAGGAGGAGGAGGAGGUGGAGAGGGAGAGCUCGCGGGGAGGCGGCAGGGGUGGAGUCCAGCGCAGAAGUGGGCUGGAUCGAUCGCGGGCCACAUUUAGAUAAACAGGCGAAGCGCAGCCGCUCGCCCCGGACUCCUCAGCAGCAUGAACCGCCUGCCCGGUGCGAGGCAGGAGCCGCUCUUCCCCCACCCGGAGCAGACAGGGGCCUCCUAGACGCGCAGGAGGGGCUUCGUUUGGGCUCCGGCAGGUCGGGGCCGGGCCGCAUCUGGAUCGUAACGCGCGGAGGAGUUUUUAAAUACCCGCCCCCCGGUCGCGAGGUUCGCCUUUAAUUUCGGCGGCGCGGCGGGUCUGCGCACUCUUCCCGCCGCGGCAGGAGCGACAGCGGCAUGCGCGCCGGCCGCCGCGGCGCACGGCAGGAGGGCGGCAACGCGAGCGCGGCCGAGUCCGGCACACACCGCCCCGACAGGAUAUAACCAAAGAGCUCCUCGGACCGCGUCCGCAAGGAGGACAAGAGGAGAAGGGGAGAGGGGGGAGGGAGAGGAAGCGAAAAAAUUAACUCUUCGCCAACCCGGGAUUCGCCUUCGCCGGACUUCCUUGGCGCCGUGGGGAUUUAGCGGGUCUUCUUCUUCUUCUUCUUCUUCUCUCAGACUAGGCAGACCCGGAGACGCGGUAUAGCGGGAUGAUGUGCCGAUACAGGACCUUCCUGCAGCUGGUGGCCCGUUUGGGCUUCUUCCUGUGCCUGACCGGGCCGUCGGUUCGCCCGUGCCCGUCCCUGUGCCGCUGCGACGGGACCUUCAUCUACUGCAACGACCGGGAGCUGACCUCCAUCCCCGUGGGGAUCCCCGAGGACGCCACGGUCCUCUACCUGCAGAACAACCGCAUCAGGAGCGCGGGGGUGCCCGCCCAGCUCCGGCGGCUCACGCGCGUGGAGAAGAUCUACCUGUACUGCAACAGCCUGGACGAGUUCCCCACCAACCUGCCGGUCAGCGUGAGGGAGCUGCACCUGCAGGAGAACAACGUGCGCACCAUCACCCACGCCUCGCUGGCGCAGAUCCCCCGCAUCGAGGAGCUGCACCUGGACGACAACUCGGUGUCGGCCGUCAGCAUCGAGGAAGGGGCCUUCCGGGACAGCGGCCACCUCCGGCUGCUCUUCCUGUCCCGGAACCACCUGAGCGCCAUCCCCCUGGGGCUGCCGGCCACCAUCGAGGAGCUGCGCUUCGAGGACAACCGCAUCUCGUCCAUCUCCGAGCAGGCCCUGCAGGACCUGGUCAACCUCAAGCGGCUGAUCCUGGACGGGAACCUGCUGAACAACCGGGGCAUCGGGGAGUCGGCCUUCGCCAGCCUGGCCAACCUGACCGAGCUGUCGCUGGUGCGCAACUCCCUGACGGCGCCCCCCGCCAACCUGCCGGGGGCCAGCCUGGAGAAGCUGCAGCUCCAGGACAACCACAUCAACCGGGUGCCGCCGGGGGCCUUCGCCUUCCUGCGCCAGCUCUACCGCCUGGACCUGUCCGGCAACAACCUGAGCAGCCUGCCGCAGGGCGUCUUCGACGACCUGGACAACCUGACGCAGCUGCUGCUGCGCAACAACCCCUGGUACUGCGGCUGCCGCAUGAAGUGGGUGCGGGACUGGCUGCGCUCGCUGCCCGCCCGGGUCAACGUGCGGGGCCUCAUGUGCCAGGGGCCCGACAAGGUCAAGGGCAUGGCCAUCAAGGACCUGGCCACCGACCUGUUCGACUGCUCCGGGCCCCACGCCCCGCCCACCUUCGAGACCAGCACCGUCUCCAACACGCCGCCCACCUCCCGAGGUCAGUGGCCCGCGUUCGUGACCAAGAGGCCGGUGGUCAAGGGGCCUGACCUCAGCAAACACUACCGUAGCACCACCCCCUCGGGGAGAAGGAAGAUCAUCACCAUCAGCGUCAAGUCCAGCAGCGCAGAGACGGUGCACAUUUCCUGGAAGGUGUCCCAGCCGAUGACGGCCCUGCGCCUCAGCUGGCUCAAGCUGGGCCACAGCCCCGCCUUCGGCUCCAUCACGGAGACCAUCGUCCAGGGGGAGAAGAGGGAGUACCUGCUGACCGCCCUGGAGCCCCAGUCCUCCUAUCGGAUAUGCAUGGUUCCCAUGGAAACCAGUAACAUUUACCUGUCGGACGAGACGCCCGUCUGCAUCGAGACGGAGACGGGCUCCGUGAAGGCGUACAACCCCACCACCACCCUGAACCGGGAGCAGGAGAAGGAGCCGUACGAGAACUCCAGCCUGCCGCUGGCGGCCAUCAUCGGCGGGGCGGUGGCCCUCCUGGCCAUCAUCCUGCUGGCCCUGGUGUGCUGGUACGUCCACUGGAACGGCUCCCUGUUCUCCAGGGACUGCAGCUACAACAAGGGCCGGCGGCGGAAGGACGACUACGCCGAGGCGGGGACCAAGAAGGACAACUCCAUCCUGGAAAUACGGGAGACCUCCUUCCAGAUGAUCCCCAUCAACCACGGGACUCUGUCCAAGGAGGAGUUCGUCAUACACACCAUCUUCCCGCCCAACGGCCUCAGCUUGUACAAGAGCCCGCACAACGAGAACAGGAGUUACAGGGACAGUGGAAUACCAGAUUCAGACCAUUCCCACUCAUGAUAGUGAACGACGGAUUUUGAGACUUUUUAUUACGGACGCGUGACUUGAAAACUUGGGUGGUAUUUUGCAAAAAAAAAAGAGAAAAAAAAACAACAUAAAAAACACUGGAUUUGAAAGACUGAAGAAGCAAUGUUCUGUACAUUUGCCAUAUAAUUUAUAUUUAAGAACUUUUUAUUCAGAAAAAAGAAAAAAAGUUUGAAAUUGCAGGCUGACACUGAGCAUUCACAGCGUGUGUUGUCACUAACUGCAAUUCUAUAUUUUAGAAAUUGGUAGUAAUUUGUACUGUAUUUUUUCUUUGCUUAAAGUUUCCAACCAAUUAAAAUUUUGUGUUCUACUGAAAUAUGAUGACUUGUCAACUGUGAAAGUGGGCUUUCAUUACUGUGUUGAACAAUCAGACAAAAAAAUACAUUAAAAGAAUCCUAUAGUAUAAGCACAGGUCAUAUUUUGCUUUGUUGAUAUUGAUAGAGACAGAUAGUAAGAUCAGGAAUGGAAAUGACAAAAAAAAAAUCUCAUAGCAGACGUGAUGCAGAAAAAGACGUGCAGUCUCUGUCAUUUCGCCGACAGACAGACACACACAAACAAGGUAUUUGAGACGUAGGUGACAGAAAAGUCAGAACUGGCUGGUUUGAACGGUUUCACGAAGUGAAAUGGCGUCUCCUCAGGAGCUGACGAGAAAAGGCUGUCGCACGGCAGGCAAGGUUGAGGAGUCGAGGUUGCCGAGCAACCUCUGGGUUAUGUCAUAGGGUGACUUAAGCACACAAACCCCCCGGAUGAGCGGAUUCUUAAAGUGGAGAGGACAGGCUGACACAGAAGGUUUUCAGUCUUAAUUGUUUUAAGUCAAAAAGGUGAAACUACAAUCGAACAUCCUUCAGUAUAGUGUACCGUAUGUCAUUGUUAACGUUGCCCUUUAACAUACUAUAUCUCGGGCAGAAAAAAAAGAAGAAAAAAAAACUUUACGGUGAAAACUGCAUUUUGGCUUUUUUUUUUUUAAAUACAAAGUGUCAGCUGUUUUUGUUAAUAUUAUGAUUAUGAUUAUUUUUUGUUCAAUUUAAGCCACUUUUUUGUUGCCACAAUUUAAAAGGUAAUUGUUCUUUACAACAAAAAGCCAAAGUGCAUUGUAUGCCCUUUGGCCAGUCUUGUAUGUGCCUUGAUCAAAUGCUUAUUGUAUUUAGCUUUUUAAAAGAAAUCAGUGACUUAACUUUUUUUCAUACACACUUGAAUAUGAUAAAAUAUUGGUCAUAUUGCAGAAUAAAAGUGGACAAAAACAAA